AAAGAUUUUAGAAGAUAUUUGACCACAAUGAAAAGAAUGCGUACAAUUUUGAACAUAGGGUACCCCAACCCUUUAGAAAGCCCUGAAGUGCUGCUUCCAAAAGUGAGAUAUUUAAGGGUAUUAGAUUUACAUGGGGCUUCAUUUGAAAAGCUACCGAACAUGAUAGGUGAAUUGUUGCAUUUAAGAUAUCUUGACCUGUCUUGUAAUCGUAGUUUAUCUGUGUUGCCCUUGUGCAUUACCGAGCUUUAUAACUUGCAGACAUUCUUAUUGCGUGGUUGUGAGUCACUAAAAGAGUUGCCGAGGGGCUUCAGAAAAUUAGUUAAUCUUAGGUGUCUAGAUAUAUUUGAUUGCAAUAGUAUGACACAUAUGCCUCCAGGGAUGAAUAGUAUGACCUAUCUCAAUAAGCUAACUAUGUUUUUAGUUGGCGGUACAAGCAGUGCUUGCUGUUUGAGGCCAGUAGGUGCUGGUGGACUUAGCGACUUAAAGUAUCUCAACAAUCUCACUGGAAGUAUGGAAAUCAAGGUUCACAGAGGUUUAACAUAUGAUACAGCAGAAGCCAAGAAAGGCGGGCAUCUGAUACACAAGCAAAAUUUACGGGGUAUAAACAUAUGCUGGACGCAAAAGCUUUGUGGAAUGGAAAACUCCAGGUUUAUUGAAGAUGACAGUGAGGGUGCUAAUGCAGAAGCAUUACUUCACGGCCUGCAACCCCACCCCAAUCUAAAGUUGUUUGGAUUGUGGGAUUAUCCAGGUGUGAGGUUUCCGAGCUGGGGGAGCUCAUUGGUGAAUAAUCUUGAAGCUUGUCUCCCGAAUAUUGUUGAAAUUGAACUUUAUGGAUGUAAAAGAUUGGAGCAUCUGCCAUUAUUGAGCCAACUGCGUUAUUUGAAAUCCCUUGAACUUGUUGGAUUAAUCAAAUUGGAAUACGUGGAGAGUAUUUAUGGAGACGAGGCACCCACAGCAUCAGUAGUGUCAAGAAAAGCAGUAUCAGUAGCAGAUGACUUAGUCUUCUUUCCAUCCCUUGAAAAGCUUGUUCUAGGAAAUCUUCAAGAGUUGAAGGGAUGGUGGAGAUCAUCAUUGCAUCUUGAUACAGACUCAGGCAACAGUGAGGCCGAACCAUUCACAAAAUCUUUCCCCCGGUUGUCUUAUCUGCAUAUAUGGUUGUGCUGGAACCUGACAGAUAUACCUCUCUGUCCAAAACUGGAAAAAUUGGAGUUGAGCAGAUUCAAUAAAGCAUUAGGCCCAAUAACUAGACCAAGAAGUGAGAGGAGAUGCGUUGGUGAUGUAAGGUCUUCCUCUACAGAAUCAAAUAGGCUGUACCCUGGUGAUGAUUCUCCAUCAACAUCAAGUACUCGACAGACGCAGCAGGAGCAGCAGCAGCAGCAAAUACUAGGAGGACUGAAGGAAGUUAAGAUAGAUAAAGUAGGGUAUCUGAAAUCCUUGCCCCACGAGUCUUUUCAGAGCCUUUCUCAUCUGGUGGUAAGAGGUGACCAUGAUAUGGAAAGUUUAACAGAAGAGGCAGGGGAGGUGUUCCGAAGUGGCCGUCUGUCCUCUUUACACUCCCUUGUAAUUUCUGACUGCUCCAAUUUGAAGAGGCUAUCAGGAGAGGGAGUGUGGGAGCAUCUCACCGCCCUUAAGAGCCUACAUCUGAAGUUGCUUUCUGAGUUGGAGUUGGAUGAUGAUUAUGGAGAUCUCAACACUCGAGGAUGCACAACCGAGGAUAAUCAUGGCAUUGAUACUGACAUUCCCUGGAAAUACCUUUAUCAGACUCUACAUUCCUUGGUAUUAUGGUACCUCCCAAAGCUGGUGAAGCUACCAAAGGGAAUGAACUGCCUGAGUUCCCUUCAAUUCCUCCAAAUUACAAACUGUGACAAUUUUGAAGCCCUACCAUCAUGGAUAGCCUGCUUCUCAUGUCUCCAGUCUCUUGUAAUUCGGAAUUGCAAACAACUGAAAUCACUGCCGGAAGAGAUUUGUCACCUCGGUUCUUUACAACAACUUGAUUUACGGGGAUGCUCGCCAGUGUUAAAAGAAAGAUGCCAGGAAUCCACUGGUGCUGAUUGGCCUAAAAUCCAACACAUACCUCGCAUUGAUGUAGGGCUGCAUCCAGUUAUCGGUAUAUGCAACAAGUAUGGUCCCACAAGAAAAAAGAGAGAGAGAGAGAUGGAUGUGUCAGGAGGUCUUUCACUGGUGCAAACAAUCCUUCAAGUGUUGGGUUCUCCCACUUGGAUGAAAUUUGAAGCUGUUUUAAGUGUGAAGUCCCGGCUAAACAAGCUCAAGGACACCAUGUCCACUAUCGAGGCCUUGCUCCUUGAUGCUCAUGAAAUUGAGCAGCUGCAGCAACAUCGCUUUACCCAUAUUGAGCGUGACAGGCUUCAGAGGCUUAAGGAAGCUCUUUACCAAACUGAUGAUCUGUUUGAUGAGAUUGCCACUCUUGGUCAUCUUAAGGAGCUCAUGCCUUGUAGUAACUACAAGAUGUGUAAUGAGGGACGCUGUUUCUUCUCUUGCUCGAAUCAGCUUUGUUAUGCUUUCAAAUGGUCUCGAGAGAUGGACAACAUUAUGGAGAUGUUGGAUGCUACUGUCAAAGAUCAUCGAUUUGACUUUGGCUUGAGACACCCGACUGGUCUUGGACUGAAGAAGGAGAGACUUAACGCAAGGGAAACUUAUUCCUAUGUGUGCGAGGGAGAUGUGAUGAUUGGGAGGGAGGAAGACAAGCGGAAAGUGAUAGAUGUGAUGUUACUCAACACUACUGUUGAGCAGCAGGAUGGUUUUGUUGUCAGCAUUGUUGGGAUUGGAGGCUUGGGGAAAACUACUCUGGCCCGUCAGGUUUAUAAUGAUGAGAUGAUUGUGGAGAAAUUCCCUCGGAAGUUGUGGGUUUGUGUAUCCGAUGAUUUUAAUGUCAAAGCUUUAGUUGGUCAAAUCCUUGCAGCUGUAAACCCACUAAUCAAGCAGGAUCAAAUGAAAUUGGAAGAGCUCCAGACAGACCUUCGGAAAGAACUGGAUGGGAAGAGGUACCUCCUUGUGUUGGAUGAUGUAUGGAACGAGGAUUCCAACAAGUGGCUUGAGUUGAGAAAUGUAUUGAUUGGAGGUGGGAGGAUUAGCGGAAUUGUAGUGACUACUCGCUCCAAAAGGGUAGCUGAAGUUGUUGGAAGUUUAUAUACACAUACAUUGAUGGGUCUCUCAGAAGAUGAAUCUUUGGAGUUGUUAAAGAAAAUGGCACUCAAACCAGAGGAGUAUCCAAUGAAGCCACAAUUAGUUGAUAUUGGAAGACAGAUUGUUCAAAAGUGUGCAAAUGUUCCACUUGCCAUAAGGGUGGUCGGAAGCCUUCUUCGAGGUCAAGAUGAAAGUAGGUGGCAAUACUUGGAAAAAACUAACUUGGCAAGUGUAUUACAAGAUGAGAGCAGUGGCAUAUUACCUGUGUUGAAGAUCAGUUACUAUUAUCUUCCGUUCCAUUUAAAGAGCUGCUUCAGUUACUGUGCUGUAUAUCCCAAGGAUUACAAGUUUGUCAAGGAGGAUUUGAUCUGUCUUUGGAUGGCUCAAGGCUUCAUUAUGCCGUCAGAUGGAAAGAGUUUAGAAGAUACCGGUGAGGAGUACUUUGAGCAGUUGCUGCAAAGGUGCUUCUUCCAGGAUAUAGAACGAUCUGAGGGUACUAACGAAAUUAUAUCAUUUAAAAUGCAUGAUCUCAUUCAUGAUCUAGCCUCAGAAGUAGCAGGAACAGAGAUUGUGUCUUCCAACUGUAAUCCAAGCUGUUUGAAUGAGAAAACUCGCCAUAUCUCUAUUGAUGAAAGUAGUAAACUACGUACUUCAGAUAAAAUGAAAAGGUUGCGUACAUUUUUGUUUACUGAUCGGAGUCUUCGUUUCUGGCUGAAGUCGUCCAAAAAAAUGAAAUAUUUAAGGGUAUUACGCUUAAAUGAUUCUUUUCUCCAAACAAAGUUGCCGGGUGUGGGUAAGUUGGUGCAUCUAAGGUAUCUUGACCUCUCACAUAAUAGAGGAUUGCGUGUAUUGCCCUCGUCCAUUACCAACCUUUACAACUUGCAAACAUUAAAGUUGUAUAAGUGUACGAGUUUAGAAAGUCUGCCAAGAGACUUGAGAAAACUAGUUAAUCUAAGGCUACUAGAUAUUUAUGGUUGCCGGAGUUUGACUUGUAUGCCUCCUGGAAUGAACAGCAUGGCAUCUCUGCAAAACUUGACAGGGUUUGUAGUUGGUGGAACAAGCAAUGCUUGGUAUAGAGGCUCGGCUGGUGUUUUUAAGCUUGAAAAUCUGAAAAAUUUAAUACGUCAUAGUGAAAUUCUGGAAAUAGUUGUUAAAAAAGGUGUGAAAUAUAAUGCUGUAGAAUCAAGGAAAGGGGGAUUUCUAUGUGAAAGUAAAAAACUAAGAAAUAUCAGGUACUAUUGGAUAGGUUGGUUGCAUAGUAAUGAAAGUGAUAAUGCCGAAGCAUUGCUGCAAAGCCUACAUCCCAACUCUUAUCUUAGAAAGUUAGAGUUGCAGGGAUAUCCAGGAGUGAGGCUCCCAAGUUGGACAAUGAAUCUGAAUACUAGUCUCCCAAAUCUUGUUGAGAUUGUUAUUCAUGGUUGUGACAUGUUGGAGCAUAUUCCAUUGAUGAGUCAAUUGCGUCACUUGAAAGUCCUUGAAUUAGAUGGAUUGUAUACAGUGGAGUAUGUGGAGAGUAGUAAUAAUAGUGGAGGUGAAGAUGAGUUGGUAUUCUUUCCAUCCCUUGAAAAGCUUCGGCUUUGGAAUAUGCCAAAGUUGAAGGGAUGGUGGAAGUCAUCAUCAGUAUCAGAAUCAGAAUCAGAGGAGAGUGAGACACCGCAAGCACCAAAACUUUCUCAUCUUGAGAUACAUGGAUGUCCAGAAUUGACAACUUUUCCUUUAUGUCGGGGACUGCAACAAUUGGACUUAAAAGAUUUUAAUGAAGCGCUGGGCCCACUUAUAAGGGAGACUACUCAGCAAAAGGAGGAAGAACGACAUAGAAGAUUGAGGGAAGUUAGGAUAGAUAACUUGGCAUAUCUUAAUUCUCUACCCAUCCGAUCAUUCCACCAUAUUUCGAAUUUUCGUAUUAACGAAGAUCAGAAAAUAGAGGAAUUGAAAACAGGAGAGGUGGGUGAGGUGUUCCGAAGCGGCCGCCUGUCCUCUCUUCGCUCCCUUGAUAUUUGGCGAUGCUAUAAUUUGAAGAGUAUAUCAGGACGAGGAGUGUGGGACCAAUUCACUGCCUUGGAGGGUCUAUCACUGUGUUAUCUUCCUGAGUUGGAAUUGGAGGAUGAAGAUGAUGUCAUCAACAACAAAAGCACAGAAGAAGGAUGCAUUAAUAAUAAUAAUGAAGGAAGUGACGCAGAGAUGCCAUGGAGAUACCUUGCUCCCACUCUCCGUUCCUUGAGAUUAGAGAGUCUACCAAAGGUGGUGAAGCUGCUAAGGGGGAUUGGAUGCUUAUCAUCUCUCCAUUCCUUGACAUUAUGGAGACUACCAAAGGUGGUGAAGCUGCCAAAGGGGAUUGGAUGCUUAUCAUCUCUCCAUUCCCUUGAAAUAGGCUUUUGUGAUAAUUUGGAAAGCCUAACACCAUCAAUAGGCGGCUUAUCAUCUCUCCAAUCCCUUGAAAUUGAGUACUGUCUAAAAUUGAAAAGAAUGCCAGAAGAGAUGCGCCACCUCACCUCCUUAACCAAACUUCAUAUAUGGAAAUGUAGCCCAGAGUUAAUGAAGGAAUGCAAGAACAAGAAUGGUGCUAACUGGUCCAAUAUCCAACAUAUCCCCGACAUUAAACUAGAUUAUGACUAAAAUCAGUGCCCGAAAGAAUUCGUUUACUCAAUGUUCAUUAAUAUAUAACUCAACUGCUCAAAGGAGUAAGAGGAAAUCCAUCAGAUUUGUUUGGCUCGAAGAUUUUCAAUUGCUUUAAGUUUUCGCUCUGGGUUUUGUUGCCGAAAUUAUUGUUCGUGAACUUCGGUUUCUGGGUUCCUCGGUUUCGAUUGGAGACUACUAAUUAGUGUUACUUGUUGAUUGGGUUAGUGUUAAGCCCGGUGGUUGGUGGAGUUUGUGGCCUCCGUCGUCGUCACUGCGGGUUGUGUUCUCCAGUGGUGAUGGAAGGAAGUUGGGUGUGUUCUGGUUCACUAUUACUUCCCACAUUCUUUAUUGGCUUGAGACUUUCUGCGAAAUCUGAAAGAUUGUUACUUGAAGUGUUUGAAUUGAAGGAGACUCAACAUAAUACUCCAGAUUCCAGAAUAUAGCUUUGUUCAAGUAUUAACAGUUGCCAAUCAGCAGGGCUGUGAAUUUAACAUAAAAGUUUCGUGGUUCUCAUCUUGGUGUUUUGCGUGAUAUUUCCUGAUGUGAAGAGGACUUCAGAGCUGCUUUGAUGAACUGAUUAUCGGAAACUCCCCGUAUAACCCCUCUGAAGUUAGGCAGAUUUCCAAUAACAGAAUAUCUACAUCUUUUCUUUUACCUUAUCAAGGUGUGAAAGGUUCCUUGGUGAAGGAAUGCAUUCGUUGGAUGCGCUGGUUUCAGAAAUCAAAUGUGGCUACAUUACCUACACACACCUAGGAAAUGGUUUAACAAGAGAAUGUGCUCUAUCAGAUCAAGUGACAUAUUGCAGCAGCUACAGGCUUUGUUGCUCUUGCUAUAUCUGGAAGGCUACAAAUUACAUGAUUUUUCUGUCAAAAAUAGAAGUAUAAGAACAAAAGUCGACUGAAUAAUGUUUUAGGGAAUAAACCCAACAGAGUUGUGUUUAUAGAGCGUCUCAAUUGGCUUAAUGGUAUUUGAGGAGAACCCUACCUAGUAGGUGGCUCUUCUUCCCUUAA